CCCGCGGCUCCCGGCGCCCCGGGGGAUGUGCGGCCCCUCGGCCGAACGGAGCGGGCACAGCGCGCUUGGCGUGCUGCCAUCCUUUGGCUUUCUCUUUGACAUCGAUGGGGUGCUGGUGCGAGGCAGGACCCCCAUUCCUGCUGCCAGAACAGCCUUUCAGAAGCUGGUCAAUUCUCAGGGCCAGUUCCUGGUGCCCGUGGUCUUCGUCACCAAUGCGGGGAACUGCCUGCGCCAGAAGAAAGCUGACCAGCUGUCUCACCUGCUGGGGGUUCCAAUUUCACAAGAUCAAGUGAUGAUGUCACACAGUCCUCUGCGGAUGUUCAAGCAUUAUCAUGAAAAAUGUGUUCUGGUAUCUGGACAAGGACCACUUCUUGAUAUUUCUCAAGACCUUGGCUUCUGCCAGCCCAUCACCAUUGACACCCUGAGGGAGAAACGCCCUCUGCUCGAUGCAGUUGACCAUGACAGGAGACCCAACGUCCUGUCCCCCUCUGCUGUGGAGCUUCCCAAGAUUGAGGCUGUGGUGUUGUUUGGGGAGCCAGUCAGAUGGGAAACCAGCCUGCAGCUGAUCAUUGAUGUUUUGCUGACCAGUGGCUACCCUGGAAAUCCCUACAAGCAGGAAAACUACCCUCACAUUCCUGUGCUUGCCUGUAACAUGGACCUGAUGUGGGUGGCUGAGGCACAGUCCCCAAGGUUUGGACAUGGAACAUUCAUGGUUUGCUUGGAGAACAUUUACAAGAAGAUCACUGGCAAAGAGCUGAAAUAUGAGGCGUUGAUGGGCAAGCCCAGCAGGCUGACAUACCAGUAUGCAGAGCACCUGAUCCGGGCCCAGGCCCUGCAGAGGAGCUGGGAGCAGCCCAUCCAGACCCUCUAUGCUGUGGGGGACAAUCUGAUGACGGAUGUGUACGGCGCUAACCUGUACAACCGCUACCUGCAGGAGAGCUCCAGCACUGGCUCCAGAUCCCGCCUCCAGGCCAAGGUCUCUGGAGGCAGAGGCCCUGCCACGCUGUCCCAGGACCAUGAGCUUGGCCUGAGCUGGGAGAACGAGCUGGCAGCUGCAGCUGCUGCCCACUGCAGGUCUGUGCUGGUCUGCACUGGGGUGUACACCCCCCACACCGAGCUGGCCCUGGACACCAGGGACAGCAUCCCUGACACUGUGUUCCACGGCCACAGGGAUUUCAGGUUCGACCCUGCCUUGGUGGAACCAGAUCACAUUGUGCCAGAUGUGGAUGCUGCUGUAGACCUGGUCUUCCAGCUGGAGAACUUUGCACCUAAUUGAGGUGGCAUGGUUUCUCAAGGACCACCUAGUGCUGUGCUUUUCUUCCCCAAAACACACUGUGCUUUACAAGAGUGCCACAAGCUGCUGCCUUCUAAAUUUUUAAACCUCUAAAUUAAUGCAAUCUUCUAUCAGGUAUGCUUAUUAGGAGUACAUGUAGGUACAUGUGUGUGUUUAAGUAUAUUAAAUAUCAAGAAUGCUUUUUAUAAUGCUUCUAAAUAUGUAAUUUUGGGCUUGAGUUGCCCUUUAUUGUCUUCCUCCUUGUUAUGUUAGGUACUUUAAUAGCAAUAUUUCAUAGCACCCCAUUCAUGUACUGGUACUUCAGUCCCUCUACAAUAGUACCUCCUCUUGUUUGCUGGAAGAUCCAGCUUUCAGGUGUUGAAGAUCUUGAGGAUAUCAGAUUGUGGUGCUGUUCACUCAGUCCGUUCCACAUGGGCUGGUACAGAGCACAACAUGUGUUAGUGCCUGGCACUCUGCAAGUGCUGAAUGCUCCCUUCAGAGUGGAGUUCAAUCUGUUCCACUUUGGACUUGCUGUCAUCUAACCUGCUGCUGCCUUUCCUUGUGUCUGUUUUCCCAUGUCCCUGGAGUUUUAUUGCUCCUCUCUGCUGUGUGAAGCCUUAAUUGUGUUGGAACUCCAUAGUCCUGGAAGGGAAGCAGACCUGGGGUGCCCUCUGUGGUCUUUUUGCUCUUUGCCUUUCUGUCUGCAAUUUUUUUUUUUUUUUAAGGAAUUUAGAAUCUUAGCUUUAGCAGUUUUGUUUCAGGUGUUCCUGUGAGUUGGGGCUUUCCACUGAAUCAGUGACUACUGCUUGGCCAAAAAGUGCCUCCUAAUUUACUUGAAGCCUCAUACCACUGUGGUAAUUAACUGGCCUUUAGUGUAAUAUAUUUCAUGUCAUGUCAAUGUUACAUGUUGUUUGGUUCAUGGAUUUUAUAGCUGUUUGUUUAAAAAGAAAAAGUAAUUUAUUUUUUCUUAUUUUUGUAAAAUACUUCUAAAGUUUUAAUCCCAAAGAUGUCUUUGAAAAUAUUUCUGUGUUAUUUGUUAUAACACAAUAUGUAUUGUACUUGUGACAUAAGAUUGGAAAACAUAACCCAAUUAAUUGUUUUAACACCAAAGUCAGCUUACACAGAAAGAUCAAUUCAUAUUAGGGACUAGUCAGGUUUCUAGGGCUGGGUUUUUUUGCGAAUUAGAAACUGUCCAAACAAAAACCUGGGUGUUUCAUUUCUCCCAGUUUCUUGCAGGGCUGGCAGAAUGACCUCCUGGCCAAAUCCUUCACUGCUUGUUAUCCCAACAGCAACUCUGAGAGCUCACAGCUGCUGUGAAGUCAGACUUUCUUCUUGUUUCCUCUGUUUGCAAAGCACUGUAAUCCCCUCUCCACUGUCAGGAUUGUUGAUUCAUCUCUUGUAAUGUUUCCUAAGUAGCUUUCAGUGUCUGGAUCCAGUGUAAGAACACUGCUUUAAACAGUUUAUUUCCUGCUUCUUCACUGGAAAAGUAUUUACAGCAGCACAUUCUUGCCUUUUUAUUGGUACGACAAACAGAUAUCUACCUGUUUCUUUAGCACUUUCCUGUAAAAUAAAGGAAUAAUAUUUGCAAAGAAUGCCAAAUCUAAGUAAAGAUUGUAAUUUUGUAAGGUCACAAUUAUUUGAAAUCACAUUGUUUCAGUACUUAAAGCCUGUUGUAGAACUCUACCAGAAUUGGUGAAGCAAGGAAUAAAAAUGCUGGAAGUUGCUUAAGAACAGAAAAUGUUCUGUUUGUUUCUCCUUUUUUUCUCUACAAUGUGGAUGAACACUUCGAAAUGAAGGAACUGUAUAAGACCUCUUAAAUCUCAUCCCUCAUGGGAACAUUAACAUAAAAUGUGGUUGUAGAAAAGGAAGACAUUCCCUUUUUCUCUGUCACUUCACCACUAAAAUGUAAAACCCUUGCCCCCAGUGCAGUUCUCCAAGUCUCAGGGUACUGCAGAUUAUCCAGCUCCAGGGACUGACCUCCAGCUUGGUGACUGGCAGAUCCUCAAAAAGCCAAAAUGCUGAAAAAACAGCAGAUGAAGGAAAUAAAGGAAAUUAGAAAUAGUGACCUGGAUAACACUACACACUGAAGGCAAUUGCCAGAAGAGGUGGAAAUCCCUUUCCAUCAGGGUAAAGGGGAGAAGCUGGGAUUACAGGAGUUUCUCUGAAAUUCAGGGGUGUGCUUGUAUGCUCUGUAACUUGAACAGAAAUGCUAACAGAUACCACUGCAUAUCUUACAGUGUGCAUUAAAAUCUUUUGUUUAAACAAG